GUCUGGUCGUAGGACGGCUCGAGUCAGCCCCGAGAUGAUUAGCCUGAUUGUUCUCACACUCCUGGGCGCUGCAGCUGCAGCCCCUACGGAUGACAGGAUUGUAGGUGGCUACCAGUGCGCAGCCCACUCCCAACCCUGGCAGGUGUCUCUCAAUGUUGGCUACCAUUUCUGCGGCGGCUCCCUCAUCAAUGACCGGUGGAUCAUCUCCGCUGCUCACUGCUGGCAAAACCCCUUUUCCCAGAUUGCUGUGCUGGGUGACAACCACAUCUGGAUGCACGAGGGCACGGAGCAGUACAUGUCAGUGGAUGCCAUCUACUGGCAUGAGAGUUAUGACUACAAGACGCUGGACUAUGACAUCAUGCUGAUGAAGCUGGCACACCCCGCCACCAUCAACCAGUAUGUCAAGCCUGUCGCCCUGCCCAAGGCCUGCCCCACACCUGGGGACAUGUGCACGGUGUCCGGAUGGGGGAAUAUCUACUCUGACCAAGUGUUUAACCCAUUUUACCUCCAGUGCGUGGAAGUCCCCAUUCUGUCUGUCAAGGACUGUGAGAGCUCCUACCCUGGCGGGAUUACUGACCGCAUGGUGUGCGCUGGAUACCUGGAGGGAGGCAAGGAUGCCUGUCAGGGUGACUCUGGUGGUCCUCUGGUGUGUAAUGGCGAGCUGCAGGGUAUUGUCUCUUGGGGCCAGGGCUGCGCUCAGCCUAACUACCCGGGAGUUUACACCAAAGUCUGCUCUCUGAUGCCCUGGAUCAAUGACAUUCUCUCCAGAUACAACACCAGGGUGGUUCUUCUCAGCACAUCCGUAGCCCCAGGACACAACACCCUGCAGCUCACCGUUGCACACGACGGGGCCACCAGAGUCACCCUGAGAGACAAAGAGAAUAAAGAGCCCAGAGACUUUGCACAUGGUGCCAGCGGGGGCACAGCUGGUGGGCAGAGCCACGGGCUGCACAUACUGGUUGAGGGUGGCGGGCUUGCUCAGCUUGAUCAGCAUGAUGUCAUUGUCGAUGUUGUAGGAGCUGUAGUUGGGGUGGCGGAUGACACGGGAGGAGCUGAUGAACUGCUCGGUUCCCUCGUCGACCCUGAUGUUGUGCUCGCCCAGACGCACCUCCACACGGCUGGAGUGGAAAGGGAGAAUUUUUGGCAUCUGAACUUCAUGUUAACAUGGUUCUUUAAAGGUGAAGUCCCCAUUCGACAGGAUCACACUGCAACCAUGAGGUCUCUGGUCUUUGUUCUGCUCAUCGGAGCUGCUUUUGCCACCGAGGACGACAAGAUCGUCGGAGGGUAUGAGUGCAAGCCCUACUCCCAGCCCCACCAGGUGUCUCUGAACUCUGGCUACCACUUCUGUGGAGGUUCCCUGGUCAACGAGAACUGGGUUGUGUCUGCCGCUCACUGCUACAAGUCCCGUGUGGAGGUGCGUUUGGGCGAGCACAACAUCAGGGUCGACGAGGGAACCGAGCAGUUCAUCAGCUCCUCCCGUGUCAUCCGCCAUCCCAACUACAGCUCCUACAACAUCAACAAUGACAUCAUGCUGAUCAAGCUGAGCAAGCCCGCCACCCUCAACCAGUAUGUGCAGCCCGUGGCUCUGCCCACCAGCUGUGCCCCCGCUGGCACCAUGUGCAAAGUCUCUGGCUGGGGCAACACCAUGAGCGCCACUGCUGACAGGAACAAGCUGCAGUGCCUGGAGAUCCCCAUCCUGUCUGACAAGGACUGUGACAACUCCUACCCUGGCAUGAUCACCAAUGCCAUGUUCUGCGCUGGAUACCUGGAGGGCGGCAAGGACUCUUGCCAGGGUGACUCUGGUGGCCCCGUUGUGUGCAACGGUGAGCUGCAGGGUGUUGUGUCCUGGGGCUACGGAUGUGCUGAGAAGAACCACCCUGGCGUCUACGCCAAGGUCUGCAUCUUCAACGACUGGCUGGAGACGACCAUGGCCAGCUAUUAAGUCUGAUCCUGCGAUCACCAUCUUAUUCUGCUGUCUUUCUUACAUCAUUCGAACUCCAGUAUCGUUGCAGUUUUUGAACAAUAUGCAGCCAUUUUCCAUCUAAAUCAAUAAAGUCUUACACCAAAA